GGUUUAUUCAGAAAGGAACAACAGAAGAGUUACACUGAAGCUACCCAACAGCCAAGUCUGAAUCUACUGCCUCCAUUAUGGGGGCCUUAAUGUUCCUUCCCUUCAUGUUCCUGACUGUGUUCUCAGUGUCCUCUAAACAGAUUCCACAACCAAGUAUCUUCAAGCUAGAAGAGAAUAAAAAACCUGUACUUAUAUUAGAAACAAAAAAUGAAGCUAGUCCUGGGGGAGAGAAAGAAUCUGACAAGCAGGAACAUAGCCUUACACAAGGAAAACCAGGAAUGCUAAUCCUGCAAGGACAGCCAGGAUACUCCAACCAGCCAGGGAAACCAAUAGGUGUUCAUCAACAAGGGAGGCCAGAAGGUUUGAACCAGCCUGGGAUGCCCAGUGCUUGGAUUUUGCAAGGACAGCUAGAAGAAGCAAACCAAAAGGGGACUGCACAUGCUUCUAACAAGCAAGGAGAAUCAGGGUCCCCUAGUCAGCAAGGAAAGCCAGGAUCUCCUGGCCAAAAUGGGAAGCCGUUGCCACCUAAGGACAAAAACAAGCCAGGGUCUCUUAGCCAAAAUGGGGAGCCAACAUCACCUAGCAAUAAAGGCAAGCCAGGCUCUUCUGACCAAGGUGUUUUAGAAUCUUCUAGCCAACAAGGGAAACCAGGAUCCCCUAGCCAAGAAGAGACACCAGGGUCCUCUAGCCAACAAGGGAAACCAGGGUCCUCUAACCAACAAAGGAAACCAAGAUCUUUGUAUAAACAAGAAGAAAGAAAAAAUGUAGACAACCCUUCAAAGGAGGAUACAAUGGGGAUUCGGGUUAGUAUGGCUGUCUGUUUUAUUCUUUAA